GCUUUAGACCGUCGACAUCAGUUCACCGGCGUGGUUCAUCGUGUAAUGACGUGUGUUUAUCGGAAUUUCUUGAAAAAAUAAUCUCACGAUAUAUUUGUUAAGAAGUUUGGAUGUAUUUUUACCAAUUUCAUACCUUCAUAUUAGUGACGUUCUAUGUUAAAAACUAAAAUUUAUAAAAAGUGAAUAAGGAAAAUAUUAAAGAGGAACUGAGAAUUGGUCGCUAUUGCUGGCACAUAACACAAGGCUCAAGAGAGCCCAGAAACAGAAUGAGACGUAAUCGCGGGUGAACGUGACACGGAUCUCUUCGAUCAGUGACCGGUAUGACGACUACGUCGCAUCCAUUAAGACGCCCAAGUGUCUCCAUUUACGAUUAUCCAGAGGAGCUAAAUCCCUUUAGAGAUGACGAAAAUGAGGAGGAAAAUGAAGAACCAGUACUAAGAAGACCUAAUAAUACUAUCAACAACCAAUCGAAAGUCGAAAAGGAACCUAAAAAUAAAUUUUGGACCUUUGGACGUAGUAGAAAAAAAAGAUCUAACAGUUUUUCUAUUAAAUCCACAUGGAAUGGAAUUUUUGGCAAGAAAAAAAAUGUCGAAUCAGAAAGAAAACCAACUAUUUCAACAGUUUCAUCAAGUUAUAAUAGAGCUACCUAUAAUAAUUAUCCUGAUACAAGAUCUGGAGUGUCUAGAGACCAACAAGAAUUUGAUGAAGCUUUUGGAACACUUGCAAGAAGAAGAAAAAAUACUCUCGAUUCUUCAUCUAGAUACAGUUCCAGUCUAACAGUUAAUGGAGAAGCUGGAAGAUUGUAUGAUGGGUGUCCUCAAGAUACUACUACAUCUAUCAUGGGCGAUCUCACUCCUAAACCACCCGCUCGACGAUUUGGUCAAGUAACAUUGAAACCGACUGAUCAAAUUCCACCUCUAGAUUAUAAGGAUCCAAAAAAUUACAAGGACGAUAGUGAAAAAACACCUAUCCCACCAAAACGAGGUGAACUUCGAUCGUCCAAUAGGUAUAAUUCAACGUUAAAUCGUAGUGAAAACAGUCCGAAAUCUACGUCUACAAUGACGGACGAGAAUGAAAAUAUGCCAGAGGAUUACGUCUUCAAAAGAUGUAAUCAUGACACAGUACGAAAGUCUAAUUUAUCAAUCAACAGUUGCGUGUCUAUGACGAGUGUCUAUCAUUCAGGAAGGAAAAAAAGAAGAGCUCCGCCGCCGCCUGAAAAGAAACCUGACUCUCUGCAGCCUCCCAAAGAAAUUAAUGGUAUUCAAAACUCGGAAAUUGAUAAAGAAACUGUUGAAGCAAUUACCAAAGUAGCUGAAAAUAUUAAUGAAAUGACUAGAAAAAAUUUGGAAUUAAAUGAUGAUGAAAUAAAAACAGAAAACGUACAGCCUUUAGAAUCAAAAGAUAUCGAUAUUAAAGAUAAAAAUAUUCAUUCAUCAGAAGAUAAUUUGCCUGAUAAGUCAAUUGAUAAAGAGAAUAAUAAAGAUAAUAAAAGUGAAGAAGUGAACGAAAAUGAAGAAACUGAGAAAGUAGAAAUGAUACCAGUAAAAGUUGAGUUAGUAAAAGAAGAAGAAAGUAUUCGGGAAAUAGUAAAAGAAGCUGAAGUCGUUGAUGACAUAGAUGAAGUAACAGUAAGAAAAAAAAUUCCAGAAAAUCAUUCAAGUAAUGACAGUUUUUCUGUAAAAGAGGAAAUAGAAAAAAUAGAAAGACAAAUAAAACUUCUAGAGGCUAAAGGUGCUAUGGAAAUGAAGCACAGAUGUAGGACUUAUUCAUUAACUGACGAUGAUGAUGUGAUAGUAAGACCUGGUUUACAGCGAGGUCAUUUUUCACGAAGAAGUCUUCAAGAGCAUCGUAGAAAUUUUUUCAAAGAUUUAACACAUAACAGUAGCGAUGGAGUAAGAAUUGAAAUAAAAGAAUUACCCCGUGAACAAAAAGAAAUAAAAAUUGUGAGAUUAAAUGAUUAUUCUAUAACAAUGGCACAUGAAGAAAAAGAUAGACUGGGAGAGCAAGAACCAGUUAAAGUAAUUGAAAGACAUAUUUCAGAGCCAAUCAAACAGAAAGCAGAAUUUAACCCGGAGUUAAACUUUAAUCCUAUUCCCAAGCCAAGAAGACAUAGUGCACUUCAAUUAAAUUGUAAUAAUGACAAUAGUAGUAAUAAUAAUUAUCAUAAUACGCAAUUGUCCAAAGAUAAUAAUGCAAAAAUGAGUGAGAAGGAAGAGGAAACAAGUUCUCUCUGAUGUUGGUGAAGAAUAAAAAUUAAGGAAAAUGAUAACAAGAGAAUAAUUACUAAAUUACUAUCGUAAUCGUUAAUAAAUUAUGAAUAUUACUAAUUAAAGAUAUAAAUUUAUUGUU